AUGAAGGUUGUUAUUGUAGAGUUAGUGAUUUCAUUAUUGCUUGUAGUUUACGUUUGUGGGGCGGAAGAAGACGGUACUUGCAGGUUGGUGGCAGAUUCUGGGGGACACUCACACUUAAAUGAGUCCGUUUGCUAUCUCAGUUGCCUUUCGAGUGCGUUGAAUAAAUUAUACACUGAUGGUGAGAGGAAAAUGCUUGUGAAUGAGGAAGUAUAUGCAAAUGCGUCUCGUAUACUGGAUGAUAUGGAAGGUAAAACAGGUGAAAGCACAGAGUAUUUGAGUGUUAUCAGCGGUGUAAUGGAAAGUGAACAUGAUAAAUUGGAAAAGCUUAUAACUUAUGGAAAUGAAAUGGGAGAUUUUGUAGCUAAGGCAGGUGGAUUAUUUGCUGAGGUUAAUGAGAGUGUGAGGGAAGUGAGGAAAGUAUUACCCAGUGCCCUCAUGGAAGCAAAUAAAUACUAUGCAGCCAUUGCUGAGAUUACAAGAACUCUUUGGGAUGAUGCUAAGGCGGUGAAGAGCGACGAUGAGGAAGUCUUACAGUGUAGAAACGGGAAAAUUAUAAGUACAGGGGAGUUUGCAGUCAAGUGUAGCGCCCAUACGUGUCCACUAGAAGCCAAUGUGACAGAGAGUAACCUCAAAAUGUACAAGGAUGGCUGUCUCGAAAUAAAUGUAAUGGGUGGUUCUGUUAGCAAAUGCUUCAAUUUACCAAGGAAUAACUUGUAUAUAAGCGGUGCAAGAAUUAAUUCGAGUGGUGUGUUGGAAUGGUUUGAAAACGGUGCCUCCUUUUUUCGACUUAUAGUCAAGGUUCAGGACAUCUUCGCACCCCUUAUCGCACCUUUUGCAGCCGGGAAACCGCCCUCUGUACUUCUUACAAAGAUGACAAAUAUCACUUCCCUUUACUCUCAAUUUAACAAAGUUCACAACAACUUUACUUCGCUGCUGCUCGAAAACAAUAUCACUGGGAAUGUGAAUAAAACAAGAUCAAGCUUCUAA